CGCCCCGGCUCCACUGCCCUCUUUCCAUCCGCGCGCGCGCUGCAUCCACACCGAGGUCCCCGGACGUCUCCACAUGACGCGCGCGUGCUUUUCACCGGAUGUAAUAGUCGUCUGGCCGGCUUUAAGGUAAGUGGUCGGGGGGUUCAGUGUGUGACUUUCAGCGUGGAGGACGUCCGAGUCUCUUCAUCCUCCACGCCGGGCAUCGUGCUCAAAAUCCAGGGUGGAGCACCUUGUAUCGUGACUCCGCCUCCACGCCCUCCUGCCAUGCCGGAGGUGUAGCCCUCCUUCCUCUUCGUCCUCUGUGAGACCUACAAAAUAAAAACAAAUAAACCCCCCAACCUGUAACCAGGAUGUCCGACCCCGCUGCCUCUUCGCCGGCGGCGGCCCCCGCGCCGCCCCCCGCCUCCCCCCGGACCCCCCUGCAGCUCUCCUUCCCCUUCCUGAGGGAGGGCAGCCGGGUGUGGGAGAGGAAGCCUCCGCAGGCCGGCCGGCUGCCCAGCCCGCUGCCCACCAAGCGCACACGCACAUACUCAGCGACAGUGCGAGCCAAAUCGGGUCCGGUGUUUAAAGGUCUGUGUAAGAACUUCUCCAGGUCUCAGGGUCACGGGUUCAUCCGGCCGUCCCACGGAGGAGAGGACAUCUUCGUCCACAUCUCUGACAUCGAUGGAGAGUACGUGCCGAUGGAAGGGGACGAGGUCACGUACAAGGUGUGCCCCAUCCCCCCCAAGAACCAGAAGAUCCAGGCUGUGGAGGUGGUGCUCACUCACCUGAACCCGGUCAGCAAGCACGAGACCUGGUCCGGUCAGACCGUCAGCUCCUGGACCUUCAGCUCCUAGACCUUCAGCUCCUGGACCUUCAGCUCCUAGACCUUCAGCUCCUAGACCUUCAGCUCCUAGACCUUCAGCUCCUAGACCUUCAGCUCCUGGACCUUCA